AUGGCUUCGGACGCUCCAAACACGCUGCUGGACGUGCUGCGCGCGAGCAGCGCUGUAGAUUGCGACACACUCGACGACCAAGUGCCCAAGAGCCUGGGUCCGUUUGUCGACUGCACGUCGAACCAGGCCAUUGCGUAUCAUGAGUUGAUACGGGUCGAGGCCGACGGCAAGACGCCCGUACAUGCGCAGCUUAUCGAGUAUGCCAUUGCCUUUGCCAAAUCGAAGACACAGGCGUACCCGGAGGUUGCGCUGGCCGAGCUGGCCGUCGAGGUCAUGAUGGUCAAGCUGGCCCUUCGAAUCGUUCCCUAUCUCCAGGCCUUUUCCCAUAUCCAGACCAACCCGCAUUACGCACACGACAAGCAGAAAACCGUCGAGAACGGUCAACGCAUUGUGGCCAUCUUUAAAGAACUGGAGCCGGCUUACGACUGUCGAAGAGUGUGUAUUAAAAUCCCUGCUACUUGGGAGGGUAUGCAGGCCUGUCGCGAGUUGGAACAGCAGGGCAUAGCUACGUUAGCAACCACCAUGUUCUGCAUGGAGCAGGCAGCACUCGCCGCCCAUGUCGGCUGCACGUACAUUGCGCCGUACAUCAACGAGCUGCGUGUGCAUUUUGACGAAGGCUACGUCGAUCACCACAAGGCCUUUGACUUCUGCGGCUCCGCUCAGCGGUACUACGGCCAGAUUGGGAGCAAGACCCAAGUCCUGCCAGCCAGUCUCACGUCGAUCCAAGACGUCAUGAAGCUCGCGGGCGCGCAUCAUAUCACGGUGGCUCCCCACCUGUUGACCAAACUGGCAGAGACCCCCGCGAACCCCUGGGAGGGAGAAACUGGCUCUGUGUUCAAGACCAAGCCGGAGGAGGAGUUUGGGAGUUUUGAUGGCAUCGUGGAGGACGAGAGCAGUUGGAGACAGGCGUUCACGCGCAGUCAGGACGGCAAGGCAGAAGGUAAGAUCAUCCAGGCGAUAAGCAUAUUCUGCGAGAAACAGCAGGGUCUGGAGGCAUUGGCUCGUCAAUAG